UUCAGAAUCUGAAUUAGCUCAAGCAUAUGAUUCAGUAGUUAACAACAAAAAUUCAGCUCUAUACACCGCUCUUCUAAUCACAGAACAAAAAAGUAGCCUUGUUCGAGGAAAAGAUAUAUUGUCAUUGUUGGUAAAAGCAAAUGAAAAAUUACCUAUUGAUGAACAAUUAACACAUAAAGAAUUAAUUGCCGGACAUGAUACUACUAGUGUUUCACUAGCUUGGUCACUAUACUUUAUCGCAAAAAAUCCCGAUAUUCAAGAUCGUCUUCGUAAAGAAGUUCUUGAUAUACUUAUUGACA